GCCUAUAAACAGUAUUGCAUGGCACACAGUAAGGUUUCUAACCGUUUGUGACAAUAGUUAUGUAUUUACAACAUUUACUACUAGUUUAUUAGUUUUAUUAUUUGCACUAUUUAUUAUAGACAAUGUGUAUAUACUUUUAAAGACUCAUCGACAAUUGUAAAUUGUAAAUAUAUUUAAAAGAAAGCCUAUAUAUAAUAUAGGAAUGAUUUUUUCGUCCACAUCUUUUUGCGACAAGGAAAAAGAAUAUUUUUUAUAAACAAAAUUUACAUGAAUUAAAAGGUUUCGAGAAAACUUUAAGUUACUUUUAAUUAACAGAAAUAUGAACGAUCUAAUAGAUUUAAAUAGUCCCGACACUAGUAAAGUGUUAAGAAGAGAACUCGCUUCUCCAUUAAUUCCAAUACCUGCAGGAAUAGAAAAAGAUGAUCUCACCUCUAUUCCAAACGGUUUACCAAAUUUACUGGCAGAUGAGAAACGAGACAAUUUUGAUAAUAAUCCCUUCGACAAAGUUUUACAAGAGACAACGGAAUAUGUUCGCAAAAAAGAAGAUCCAUUUGAAUUGGUUUUGGAAAAAGUGAAAAGCAGUAAAAAUUCAAAGCGUAAUUCCAUUGAAUUCAAGGACGAUUUUGUACCAAAACAUGUAAAACACGCUAAUGUUUUAAAAUUAAACAAAACUCUCGAUGAUUCAGUAUUAGACAAUUCCUUCAAUAUUUAUAAUUUUGCUCUCGACAAUAAUCGUAUUAAUGAAAAUUUAUUUUCCCCCAACUUAUUAAAGGGACAAAAUGAUGUUGAAAAUGUACCGAAAAUUUUCGUUGAACCAAGCAGUCCUCCAUUAAAUUCAUCAGCUCUCAAUUAUUCCGCCAUGAAUGAUUCGCUAAUUGAAUCGAAUGUCAGUUUUAAGGAAAAUGAAAUUCGAUCACUUGUAGCGAAGAGAGUUUCAAUGUGCAUUCAAAAGGGAAUUAUGGAAGCAGAAGGGAAGCUGGGCAAUACAAAUUUAUUAUCAAAAUCAAGACGUUGUCAUUCACAAGGCGAUAGAAAUUUAAAUUCAUCGUCAAAGAAUUUAAAUCACAAACAAAGAUUUUGUUCAACGGGAAAUAUUAAGAAUAAACUUUGCAAUAGUGAGAGAAGUACAUUAUCAAGUAUAGAAUAUGAUGAUCAAAUGAAUAAAGCAUUUCUACAGGAACAAUCGAGUAUUGAUAAUUCUGUAUUCACGGAUAUAUCAAAUAUUUCCGAAAUUACGAGAUUAAAUUCCAUUUCCUCGGCUUAUAAUUCAUCACUUUCCUUUCUGUCAAAUGGAACGAUGAAUCAAGCAUUUAUGGAAAGUGGUUCAACAUCGAAUUCACAAAUUCUACCGACCAUCGUUAACGUUUCGAAAACUGUAUGCAAUGAUAUUUCUGAUUUACGAAAUAAAUUCGAAACAUUGAAAUUAAAAUUAUCUCACAGUUGCAGUGAUUUUGAGGAUGUUAGGAAAGAUAUGGAGAAUGCGGGAAAUUCCAAGGAAUUCACAUUAAAUGAUGGUAUAAUAAUUAAGGAGAAAAUUAAGAAUAAAAAAAUUAACGAUGAGGAGAAAUUGAUUGACGUUGAAGUUUUUAUUCCCACAAAUGAAUCAAAGUCUUCCACAAGCAAGGAUUCGAUAACCGAUACUUCUUCUGAUUCUGUAUUUACUAAAAGUAGUAUGAAUAAAUCAAUUUUGAGCGAAGCGAGAAAAAUUGCAAAAACUUUCGAGGAAAUGGCAGAUACGGACAAAUCAAAUUCCAGUGGAUUUGAUCUGCUAUCCAACACGGAAUUUAAUUUUGAUAAUCUACCCGAUUCGGAUGAGGAGGUGGAGGCAGUUGAAAUGAAUCUCAUAGAUUUGCCAGUGUCGCCUUUAAAAACCGAUGUGCCUGUAAAUUCGUCAAAUGAAGCAAACAAUGAAAAUAAAGAACUAAAUGAAACGGCGAACGAAAUGAAGAAAAUAAAAGAAAUAGAAAAAGAAUUUACCCAAUCUGAAGAUUCGGAUAGAAAGAAAAUUGUCGUCACAUCUCUUCUAUUGGAACUCGAGAAAUUAAUUAAAACCGAAAAGAAUCCGGAUGCUGAGAAAUUAUUGAAUGAUCUUGAAAAAGUUUUGGGUGUCAAGUGGGAGAAUAAUGCCGAUUUAUUGAAUGUUUAUUUACAAAAUGCAAAAAGUAAUGCACAAACUGUUAGAGACGAUAUUCAAGGGGAAAAUACAGAGAUUGUUAAUUUAGAAACGGAGGAAAUUUCGGAAACGGAGAAAAAUUUAGAAACUGAAGAAAAUUUAGAAGCGAAAAGAAAUUUAGAAACGGAGAAAAAUGAGGAGAAAGAUGAGGAAAAUUUAGAAAAUGGAAAUUUAAAAACUGAGGAAAUUAAAGAAAAUGCUAAAUGUGUUAAACAAGAAGAGAAUAAAUCGAGUGGACUCACUGUAAAGGACAGUCUCAUGAGGAAAUCUUCCUUUGUGAUCAAGAAGGGCAAAAGCGAUUUUAUUAAAUCGUUUUCAAAACGAAUUGAUUCACCUUUAAAGAUCAAAGGGCCAAUUAGGAAAAUAGUUUCUGAAAAUUUGUCUCAAGAUCAAGUGGUUAAAAAAACAUCGCAAUCACCUAAAGGGCGUGAACAGUCUCUAACUGCUGGUGCACGAAAAAAAUUCUCGAGUGAUCCUUGUGAGUUUAACUCAUCUUUUGGAAGUCAAUCGACUUCCUCGAGUGUACCGAAUAUGAAGAAGGCAAUUUCCAUCAAAGAAGUCAGUGAUAAAGUUGUGACAGUAACGGAUGUAAAGAAAACGACACUUUCAAGUUCGACGAGUGCUUUGAAAAAUAAAUUCAAAUGUAAAUCUGAAUCUGGAGUUUCUAAAAAAGGGCCAAUGAAAGCUACGAUACCUUUUGGAGGUUUGCAGAGAAGAGGUUCAUUUGUUAAAAAAGUUUCCUCUCUAUCUGAACUUGAAACAUCUACAAGAACUUCACCAGAAAAAUCAUCUUCUCUUCAUGUGCCUACAAGUACACCAAAUUCGUCGAUAUCAUCCCUUUUCAAAAAAUCAAAAUCAAAACCAGUUGCAUCAUCCACUCCGGACAGUAAGGAACAAAAAAAUUCAUUAAAACCCAAAUCUCCUCAAGGUCGUAAACUUUCCUGCAAUAUUUCUCCUGUGUCACCAUUUUUGAGACCGAAUCACGAAAAAUUGGUCUCCAAGGAUAGUCCAAAAAGAAACGCAUCAUCUCCAAAAAGAGCAAGCACUCCGAAAGUUCAAAAAUCUCCCAGAACACCUUCGGCAAUUCCAAAAUUUUCUUCACUCCCAACGUUACAAAGGAGGAAGUCAAUGAACGAUUUAAACAAAUCAGGAAAAUAUUCCGAAGUUUCACGAUUGUCUAGUUCAUCGAAUUUACAAAAAACUUUCGGCUCUGCAAAUAAGUCUACAAGUGUACUUUCUAAAACUCCUUUGAGAAAUAGCAACAAGAUGGAUUUAAAAUGUAAAACUUUUAACUUAGUAAAAUUGCCGAGACGCGGUGAUGAGUACGUGGAAGCAGAAAAAGAAAAUUUCUCCUAAGGUCUCUAGUUUUUUUUUAAAUAAGUUUCAUAAAUACUAAUUUCCUAUUUUUGUAACAAUAAAAACUUUACCGUUUAUUUUUUAUAAUAACGCGAAUCUCAAU